GGAUGACUCACAUGAAAAACAAUCAUCAUGUGUCAAAUUGUAAAUAUCAAAAAAAUAUUUUCAUUCAAAACAAAACAACAAUUAUUAAAAGUUAAAUAAAACAUCUGGCAUCGAAAAAAUUCAACAGCAUGUCCAGCAAUUUUCAAGUGUUAUUAUAUUUUCAUACAAUCAGUUAAAUUAUCAGAUAACAAAAUUGAUAACUGAUAAAAUAAGAUUGAAAAAUAUCAACUGGACAUAAAAACAAGUACAAUAUUACUUGACCAACAUUUACGAGAGAUUAAAAAAAUUAAUUUCAUUGAUUUUUGAUUUAUUAUUGACACAGUUUUUAAACAAUAAUAAUAGUUAUUAAUUAUUGAAUAAUUGUAGUGUAAAUAUACAUAUGUCAAUUGUCAAGUAAGUAAGAUCUGUCAAAAGUUUGUAAAUUAUUAUAAAAGAGAGCCAAAUUAAAAAAGAGAAAAAAAAAAAAGAGGAAGCGAAAGAAGCAGCAAACGACAGUGUAUAUUGCACAUAGGUGUACACACAAUAUUUAGUGUGCAUAUAAAAAAAUAUAUACACAUAAAAAAAUAACUCCGUGGGUGGUGGUUAUAUUAAAAAAAAAAUUUAUAUAAAAAUGAAUGUCGUGUACGAUAGAACGAGGGAGGCCAGUCACUUCAACAAAGUGUCCUUGUUUUAAAUUUAAGGAGAAAAAAAUAAUAAUAAAACUAUGAAAAAAUUUAAAUAUUAUAAAAAAUAUAUAUUUAACAAGUGCCACGUAUAAUGUAUCAAUUAAACAAUAAAAAAUAGUAAAUUAUAAAUAUUUAUUAUUAAUAAAUAUAUAUUUAUUUAUUUUAUUAUAAAUAAAUUAUAUCGAAUGUAUUUGGCAAACAACAUAACCUAAAACUUGAAUUAACAUAUAUUUUUUUUUGGAUUAAAUCAUAAUAAUAAAUAUAAAAAUGAAAUCAUCAAAGGAGCAUAGAGGAUGUGUUCUUUUAAAACCAGAAGAAAAUGAAGAAGUAUUUAAAUUAAUUGGAAAUCGGUGUCAGUGUUUAGCAGCUGGUAUUAUUCAAUUGUAUUUAACUGAACCACCUGGUCAUCGUGAAUGGAUUAAAAAAAAUACUGGUGUUAUAACAUUAAUAAGAGAUGCACCAAAACGUAGUUAUUUUUUACGUUUAUAUUGUUUACAAAGAAAAGCCAUGUUAUGGGAACAAGAAUUAUACAAUUCAAUGUUUUACAAUUCACCAAUGACAUAUUUUCAUACAUUUGAAGGUGAAGAUUGUAUGAUUGCAUUUAAUUUUGCAAAUGAAACUGAAGCAAUUAUUGUCAGAAGUAUAAUAUCAGAAAGACUGAAUGCAAAUAGAGAACGUAGACAAGAAAGAAAAGCAAAGUCAAAUGUUGAAGCACAACAAAGGGUAACAUUACCAAGAAGAAAUACAACAAAUAUGCAAGAACAAAGUGGUGGUCUGUUGAACGGAUCACCAUCAUCUUUAGGUGUUAAUGGUGGUUUUGGUAACAGUACAAUGUAUAAGAAAAAAAAUAAAGAUGAAAGAGGUCAAAAAAGAAAAUUAACAACUGCUGAUAUUGGUACACCAUCAAAUUUUCGUCAUUUAGCACACAUGGGUUUAAAUGCAAUUAAAGAUCUUGAAAAGGAAGAUCCAAUAAUACUUGAAUUUUUUAAUAUAGCUGGAGUAACACAAGAACAGUUAAAUAGUCGUAAAACACGUGAUUUUAUUUAUAGUUAUAUCGAUGAACAUGGUGGUAUAUCAGCAGUACAAAAUGAAUUACAAAAAAAAACAUUACGACCACCACCACCACCAUUGUCAUCUUUAACAUCAGAUUCACCACCACCAAUACCAGCAAGAACAGUACCAGUAACAUCAUCACCUGGUAUUAAUAAUAAUCAAAAUAGAAAUACAAGGCCUUUACCACCAACAAGAACUCAUGUGCCUCCACCACCUCCAAGUGCUCCACCAGCACAUAGAACAUUACCAUCAAGACCACCACCACCACCAUCUGGAUCACCUGGUUUACCUCCACUUCCUUCAGUUCCACCACCACCACCAAGAAGUACAUCAAAUACAUCAAAUGUAUCAAAUUCAUCUGGUCCACCAGUUGUUGGAUUACCACCACCACCUCCACCUCCACCUCCUCCUCCGCCACCACCACCAUCAACAUCGUCUCUUGAGUUAAAAGAAGUUAAAACAAAUAAUAGCAAUGGUGAUGCUAAUGCUAAACUUAUGGAUGCCAUAAGAAGUGGCACAACUUUAAAGAAAGUUGAUCAAACUGAGAAAAAAACAAGUGCAGUACCAGAUUCGAGGAAUAAUUUAUUACAAGAAAUUCGUCAAGGUGUACCAUUGAAGAGGGUAACUGAUGAAGUUAAAACAUCAUCACCACCAGUUGAUGAACAAGAAGGACUUGCUGGAGGUUUAUCAAAAGCACUGGCUGAAAGAUUUAAACUUCUUGGUUACUCAGAUGAUAGUCAGAAUGAAAGUUCUGAUACUAGUGAGGAUGAGUGGAAUGAUUAAUCAACUAGUUAUGUGGUUUUUAAAAUUUCAUACAGUUGAUUAAAGUGUGUGACUGGCCUGGCAUGUCAUGCUGUGUGUAAAAAAAAAAACUGUGAAUUAAUUUACAAUUAAUUGGUAAGUUGUUUUUAUUUAUUUUCUUUCUUUUUUUUUGAUUGUCUGCUGGCACAAAAUUUAUAGAAUAAUCGUUGAUCUUUUUUUGGCAAUUUUAAACCAGCAGAUUUUCGAUAAAGCAAUAUAUCACAUCACAAAUUAAUAUAAAGCUCAAUAAUAUUAAAAAUUUUAAAUUUACAACAAGAAAAAAAAACAGCUGGCUAAUUGAUGUUUAUUUUAUUUUUGUUUAUUUUUAAUCGUGUUGUUUAACGACACAAUGUGCU